GAUACGAGCGUAAACAACUAAGGCUGCUCCGCGGGGGCUGCCGGGGUAGCUGAGCCGGGGUCUGGCGUUGGCUGUAAUGUCCGCCGAGGGAAAAGCAGCCCAUGGCGCAAGGCAGGGAGCGAGAGGACGCUUCCUACUACGCCCAAUCCGCCGGCGGCGCGAGCCUGUCCGUGAGAUGGGUGCAAGGAUUCCCUAAGCAGAAUGUUCACUUUGUCAACGACAACACCAUUUGCUACCCUUCUGGAAAUUAUGUCAUAUUUAUUAAUAUCGAAACCAAGCAGAAGACGGUACUCCAGUGUAUUAAUGGAAAUGUGGGAGUCAUGGCAACUAACAUUCCUUAUGAAGUUGUGGCUUUUUCCGACCGGAGGCUGAAACCCCUCAUCCACAUAUACAACUUUCCUGCACUGACCAGAAGGACCAAAUUAAAAGGCAAUGUUCUCCUGGACUACACGUUACUUUCGUUCAGCUACUGUGGCACCUACCUGGCUAGUUACUCCUCUCUCCCGGAAUUUGAAUUGGCCCUCUGGAACUGGGAAUUGAGUGUCAUCCUGUGCAAGCAGUCCCAGCCGGGAGUGGACUUGAGCCAGAUGUCUUUCAACCCCAUGAACUGGCACCAGCUGUGCUUGUCGAGCCCCAGCACAGUGACAGUGUGGACCAUAGAAAGAAGUGACCAGGAGCAUUAUUUCAAAGCGAAGCCAGUAAAACUCCCUCUGGAAGACGGGUCGCCUUUUAAUGAAGCCGACGUGCUUUUCCCGGAGUCACUGCCCAAGGACCCCAUCUACGGGCCGGUGCUGCCCCUGUCAGCCGUCGCUGGUCUGGUGGGCGAGGAGGCGGAGACGUUCAGGCCAAAAGAUGACCUGUAUCCUUUGCUUCACCCCACUAUGCACUGUUGGACUCCAACUAGUGACCUGUAUGUCGGCUCUGAAGAGGGUCAUCUCGUAAUGAUUAGUGGGGAAACUUUGAAGGUGACUGUGCUUCGGAAGAUAGAAAAGGCACAACAGCUGGAAGAUGCACCACGUCUUUUCAGUCCAGUCACCAUGGUUUAUCAAAAGGAAGGCGUGCUUGCUUCUGGAAUUGAUGGUUUCGUGUAUUCUCUCACUGUUAAAGAUUCAAGUUCUUACAGAAUAGAGGACUUUCUUGAAGUUGAAAGGCCUGUAGAACAUUUGAUGUUUUCUCCCGGUUAUAAGACGCUGCUGAUUCAGACAGACAAGGGAUCUGUUUAUAUCUAUACUUUUGGUGAGGAGCCAACCUUAGACAAAGUCCUAGAUGCUUGUGAUGGAAAGUUUCAGGCAAUUGACUUCAUCACACCUGGAACCAAACACUUCAUGACAAUCACACUUUCAGGGGAAGUUUGUAUCUGGUGGCUGGAGGACUGCACUUGUGCAAGCAAGAUUUAUCUGAAUACCACAACGACAACCCUGGCCUGCUCUCCGUCCUCCCUCUCCGCAGCGGUGGGGACGCUGGGCGGCUGCGUGCUAAAAUGUGAUCCAUUAGAUUUCUUCUUUUCCAGUUAUGACCAGCGAGGACUGUACUUGUUAGUUGGAACAUCAGAAGGAAACAUCUUUGUUAUCAAUGCCAAACCCACAAGCUCAUUUGAGAUUCUUGGAUUCACAGAGGCGAGCAAGGAUGUUCUUCAGAUAUCCACAGUGUCUCUUUUGGGAACAAAUGCGGUGAAAGUGAUGGUGCUUUCCUCGCUUCCAGAAGCAGAGAGAAGCAGGCUGGAAAUAUUUACGCUGCCUAAAAAGCUACCACAAGGCAUUGUCAAUGAAAGGGGACGACUGAGAGAUGAGCUCAUUCACAAGCACCUGUGUGAGGUGGAGCACACCCUGGCUUCCGCGGUCUUGGACUUUCAGAGGAGCCGGAUAUGUGGGUUCUGCCGCCACGUGCCGUACAUCUGCAGCUACCGUCUCCCUGAAAAAGACCAGGGCAGCGUUUGCAUUCUUAAGCCAUACCAAAAAGUGCAAAGCAAACACUAUGGACCUGGAAUGGCUCACCUGUCCUCACACGGAUUAUGGCUCCUAACGGCAGCGAAGUGUGGAGCCCUGUGCAUCCGAGAUGUUUACACUCUGGAAAUGUUUGCUCAGUGUCGGAGCCACUCCCACCAGGGGCAUGGGAUUCAGUCCAUGAGAAUUUCAGUGGAUGGACAGAGCAUCCUGGUAAAUGGGAAAGAUGACGGCACCCUGGUCUUCCUCAAAUGGAAGAGGCUUGGGGGAAACUCAGUGAGUGAAAUUACCGAAUAUUGCCAGCAACUGUUACUGUCUUUGAACACCAGCAUGGAGGAGGAGAAUAAUCAUCUCAGUGCAAUGCGACUUUCCUCAGCAUCGGAACCGGAAUCUGAGCAUGCAGUGUGUCAGAACAAGCUAAGCAUUGCCUCAUCACAAGAGGAAUUGAUCGUCACUGAUAGUGAGAAGGAAAUUCCCUGGGUACAACAAAAAAACCAAGAGGCUAUUGAAAAGGAGGUUAAGAUGUUUUCCCAGAAAAGGAAAGCAAUAAAAAGCGGAAUCAAAGAACUUGCUAAAACCGUUCUGACUAUGAUGGAAGAGAAUGAAAAGGUGGAUGAUAUUGCAAAGUUAGACCAUCAAGAGUUUUGCCUGGAUCUUGAGGAACUGGAAAGGCUUCACGAUCAAAGUGGAGAGGAGGUGGCAAAAAUAAGAAAGGAUGUGGAGAUGUACAACCUGGCCAAGAGAUACUUGACUGCCCUUAUCAAAGAAGAAUGCUGGAACUCCAUGGCUGUGAAAGGUCGGGCCCUUAAGUGCUUCCACAUCCCAUGUGUGGUUGAGAACUUCCCCAUGAGAGCACGCACAGCCGAGGAACUGAAGGAAUUGAAGAGAGUUCUGCAGCAAAAGAAGAUUGAAGCAGAGUGUCUUAAACUACAGAAGGAAAUUGUAGAGGAUCAGUCUGCAGUCUCCAUGAAAAAGAACGACCACAAAGAGGAGGAAGAGGAGGAGGAGGAUGAAGAGAAGAUAGUAACAGACACCAAGCUGCCCAAUUACUUGCUUGGCAGUCUGAGUACUGACUUUGGGAUAGACACUUCCUUGUUGUCAAGCCAACUGGAACUUCAUUCCAGAGAGGAGAAAAUCAACCAAAUUAUCUUACUGAAAGACAUCAUUUACAAGGUGAAAACUGCUUUCAAUAAUGAGUUUGAUGCUGCCUUUAAACAAAAAGAGCUGGAAGUUGCACGGGUGAUGGAGAGAAAUGUUAGGAUUAAAGAAAUUAUUUCAGACCUGGAGUUGGGAGAAAAAGUCUGGCAACCAGAAUUUGAAGACUGCGAGAAGCCAGAAAGGACCCUUGCUGUGGAGAAUUCUGAGAUUACAGCCCCAAGACACUUCACUACAUGGCAAAGAGCCAAAGCAGAAAUGACUGUGGUCCGCGAGAUUCGGCGAUGGAUCCAGGCGCGGGGCUCCAGUGAAAGAAGAAAAGGCCUGAUGGACAUGAUGGGAGGCGUCCUGGAAGUCAAGAGGGAAGACAUUUUGAGAAUGGUGAUCCCGCAACCAGCUUUCAUGGCAAAACCCGAUGCUCUGUGGACAGAAGAGGAAAGGAAACAAUUCAGAGACUAUGAGAAAAAAGUCAAGGAGCUAAAUGACGAGAGAGACAAGUAUAGAAAGUCCUUAGAAGCAGAACUGAAGAAACUUCAAAACUUUAUUCAAGAAAGCACACAGAACUUUGACGAACAUUUGAAAAGACUCUUUGAAAGGAGAGUGAGGGCUGAGACGGUUGUCAACCAGGAAGAACUGAAAAUAAGUAAUCUUAUUUUUUCUUUACUCUUGGAUGAAGAGUUAAACUCCAGAGAAAUGUUUCUGAACAACUACCUUUCAAAGAAGCAGGAAGAAAAAAGCCACACUUCAGAAGCAGUCCGGAAAUCUAGAGAAGACCUCGAUAUGUACAAGGAGAACUAUGACAACUUGCUGGCAGAGGACAAAGUUCUGGAUAGAAGCUUCAAAAAGGAAUUUUCUGAAAUUCCAAGUCAACAGGUGGAUAUACUCUAUAAACUUUUUAAACGCCGACCAAGAAUGCAGAAGCAGAAAGCACAAUCAGACACAGCCAGUAUCAUCCCUUUUGGAGAGCAACCAGGAGUUGGCGAGUUGAAUAAGGACACCUUUGCCCAGACAAUGAAAGCCAUGGAGGAGUUGGACAAUAUUAUUAACAUGCCAGAAGGCUUGGACCCCUUGGUCUGGGAUCAUUUCUGCAUAACGAGAAGAGCAAAAGUGGGAAAUGAAUACAAAGUGAAGCAGAAAGCGGCUGGCUUAGUGGAGAUGACGGCUUUUCUCCGCAAGAGAUUGGAGGAUGACGAAAAGGUGCAGCAGGAGAUCGAGAAAGUGUUCCACGAACUCACCCUAUUACAGGAAGACAAAAUGAAAUACCAGCUGAAUUUGACGAUACAAAUUCUCCUUAAACAAGGACAAGUAGAACUGGAGAAUUUCCAGCAAACUCUGCAGUAUCCUGAUGCAAUUCUCAUCAAUAGGACCAUCAUUGAAGAUCUGAACUCUGUAAUUCGGACUCAAGGACAAAAGAAAAUUGCUAGUAUGAUGGAAAGUAAAAAUGUACACAAAGGAAUAUAUCAGAUUGAGUGGGAUCAUAAGAAAAUGGAGAUGGAAAUGGAGGAUCUCAAUCAGAAGGCUUGGGACAUUCAGAUGCUGUUUUUUUCAAGAGAUCGUCAGAAGUACCUAAAUGAACCAAAUUAUGAGUCUUUGAUUACUCUUCAGAUUGGAAUAAUGGAACAAACCAUUCAUGUCUUAGAUAAGACCCACAAAAAGAAUGUCAAUAACUGCAAAAAACUACUCAAAAAACUGGGAAAGUUCAGCAAUCAAAAAGAUGCAGCAAAUUAUACUCUAAGCUGCAAUCUACGAGAAGAGUUGGUAGCUGUCUCAGAGAGGCAAGACAUCUGCAAUGCAAUAGGGUCUACGCUGACUUGUGAAAAGAUUGCCAAAGAACGAUACAAAAGUAUGAGGAAACAACAAAAGCUGACAAAUAUUUCAAAAGAACAAGCUGAAGAGAUCUCAGUUCUUCAGGCUGAAGUUGAAAGAUUAAGGAUGAAAACAUUCCCUGCUCUUGUUAAACUGUGAAACACUAGCAGGAAUCAAAGGCCUAGCCUUAGUCAUUUCAAAAAUCGUUCCAUUUGGGUAAAAUGAUUCCUUUCUCUUUCUUUUAUAUUGUGAAAUUUAGUAAAGUCACCUUUUAGUUGCAUGUUUCUAAUAGUAAUUUGUUUAAUUUUAGCCUUGUAAUCAGUGUAUAAAUUUUUGUCCUGCAUAAGUGUGUAAAAGAACUAUUUUCAUUCAAGAAAGAACAAGAUUUUAAGAUGGAAAGAAAGUUUUCAAUGCCAGGCUCAGAGGAGAGCACUUGCCUAAUGUACAAGGCUCC